AGGAUUCAGGGCCCACAGCCCGACUGAGGCCGGCACGAGACCCACAGCAAGCGCCUGCGCGCUGCCCGCCUGCCAAUCUGCUGGCCGCAUUCCGCCGACGCCCUUUGAUCCUGCGCCUCUCGGCCGGGCCGCGGGCGGCGCGGAGCGGGAAAGCGGAGACUCCUGACAACCCCGCCGCGUCUCUUUUGCCCGCUAGCUUGGUUAGUUUUAUUGCCUGUUACUCUGCUCUAUCCCGACCCCACCGGGCUCGUCUCCAACUCCGCUUUGGAGCAGAACCUCCUGUCGUCUCAGUUUUGCCUUCUCUGCCCAGCAAGUUGGAAAUUUCGGAACAGAUGGAACUCUUGGUUUAAGCAGGGUUUUUGUACCCCUAAACUGAGUCUCGGCCUUGAGCCGACUGGGAGAGUGGAAGGAUCCAGGCCUACUGGGCUCGCGGUGCGGCAGAAAGGUCACUGUCGCCUGUCUCCUGGGGCCUUCGGCAUGGGGAAAGGAAAACCAGAUGUGGAGGCCACCGCAGAGAUGGUUUUUCCACUCACCUGUCAACGUGUUUGGCACGGUUCUUUGCUGCGUCUCAGAAUAGAACAGUGCUGGACUGGUUUUUUUUUUUUUGUUGUUGUUGUUGUUUUUGAUAUUUUUUCUCCUCCAGGAAGUAACUUGAAAUACAGGCAGUUAAUCGGUUUAAUUGUUGUAAGACCUUACAGAAAUGUUAGAGGAAUAUGUGAAAGUGCUUAAAAAAUAAAACGGGAAGAUAAUGUUAAUUGUGUGGUCUUCAUAAAAAAGACAAAAGGACUGGAAUGGGCUGUUUACAUAGUAUUUAGGCAGUAGUUUGAAAGGAAAAUACAAAAUCAAGUCUAGAUACUGAUAUUAAGUUGUUGGCAAGUCACUUUCAUGACAACAUUCUGUUUGUAUUGAAGUAUAUGUAGGUCACCUGAAAAAACUCUGGUGUGCUUGGAAUUUCGUGGAUUUUCAGGCUCUAUGCAAAAGGCGUUUCCAGAACUGCUUCUGUUAUUUGUGUGCUGAAUAAUGACAGUAUGAUGAGAACAGAAAUGAAUGAAACAGUUACUAUUUUGGAGUUUAAAGUAUGUCAUCAUGGCAAAGUUUCGGAGAAGGACUUGCAUCAUUUUGUCACUUUUUAUUCUGUUUAUUUUUUCUCUGAUGAUGGGUUUAAAAGUGCUAAGACCCAAUACAGCUGCUUUUGGAGCUCCUUUCGGACUUGACCUUCUUCCAGAACUCCAUCAGCGAACUAAUCAUUUCAGGAAAAAUUUUGAUUCACAAAAGAGUGACAUUAUCAACAGUGAAACAAAUACCAAGAAUUUAAAAAGUGUUGAAAUCACUAUGAAACCUUCCAAAGCCUCUGAACUUAACCUGGAAGAACUACCACCUCUGAAUUAUUAUUUGCAUGUAUUUUAUUACAAUUGGUAUGGAAAUCCACAAUUUGAUGGUAAAUAUAUACAUUGGGACCACCCAGUGUUGGAGCAUUGGGACCCUAGAAUAGCCAAGAAUUAUCCACAAGGGAGACAUAACCCUCCAGAUGACAUUGGCUCCAGCUUUUAUCCUGAGUUGGGAAGUUACAGUUCUCGGGAUCCUUCUGUCAUAGAAACCCACAUGAGACAAAUGCAUUCUGCUUCAAUUGGUGUAUUAGCCCUGUCUUGGUACCCACCUGAUGCAAGUGAUGACAAUGGAGAACCUACAGAAAGCUUGGUACCAACUAUUUUGGAUAAAGCUCAUAAAUACAAUCUGAAGGUCACUUUUCACAUAGAACCAUAUAGCAAUCGAGAUGAUCAAAACAUGUACAAAAAUGUCAAGUAUAUUAUAGACAAAUAUGGAAGUCACCCAGCAUUUUACAGGUACAAGACAAAGACCGGCAAAGCUCUUCCUAUGUUUUAUGUCUAUGAUUCUUAUAUCACCACGCCCGAAAAAUGGGCCAAUCUGUUAACCGCCUCAGGGUCUCAAAGUAUUCGCAGUUCGCCUUAUGAUGGAUUGUUUAUUGCACUUCUAGUAGAAGAAAAACAUAAAUAUGACAUUCUUCAAAGUGGUUUUGAUGGAAUUUACACAUAUUUUGCCACAAAUGGCUUUACUUAUGGCUCAUCACAUCAGAAUUGGGCUAGCUUAAAAUUCUUUUGUGAUAAGCACAACUUAAUAUUUAUCCCAAGUGUGGGCCCAGGAUACAUAGAUACCAGCAUCCGUCCAUGGAAUACUCAGAACACUCGGAACCGAAUCAAUGGGAAGUAUUAUGAAACUGCUCUGAGUGCCGCACUUCAGACGCAUCCCAGUUUAGUUUCUAUCACAUCUUUUAAUGAGUGGCACGAAGGAACUCAGAUUGAAAAAGCUGUUCCCAAAAGAACCAGUAACACGGUGUACCUCGAUUACCGCCCUCAUAAACCAGGUCUUUAUCUAGAGCUGACUCAUAAGUGGUCUGAAAAAUACAUUAAGGAAAGAGCAACUUAUACGUUAAAUCACUAGCUGCCUAUUUCUUAAUGCAUUGAUUAACAAUUAUUGAAUCAGCUAAUUUUAAUAAAUGCCUUUUGGGUGGGAAAAAACUGCCCAAAUCAUUAUGCAUUGUUACUGUUAACUUUAAUAAAAAUAAUUUUUGCAUCACAGAGAUAUUAUCAUCGCUUCCCCUCACAAUACUGCACUGAGAAAAUACCUGGAGGAAAAAUUGUGUGAACAGUAUUCCUUCUGGCAUAAUUUACUGCAUUUCUGACUGAAAGUGAAAUUUUGAUUCUAUGGCAGUUAAAGUUUCAUUUUAUAAGUAUAAAAUGAAAAUUGCUUGUGUUCAUAAAAUGAAUUAUGCUUGUGUUACAUAAAGAAGUUAGUACACAGUUAUGUUAUGUUUGAACCCUCAGCACCAAGAAAUAAGACUGUGUGUGUAUUUGAUAAGAACUAAACAUGUACAUUAUUAUCUUUCAGGAUUUUUUUUGUACAUUUUUCAGUGCUUCAGGCAACUUCGUUGUAUUAGCGUUCAGACUCUGGAUGACUCUCAAAUAAUGAUGACAUUUUUAAGAAUAAUAAAAUCACUGUACCUCUCUCAAUUUUUCUGUGAACCCAAAACUUUAAAUAAUAAUCUAUUUUUAAAAAUUAAAAAUAAAAUAAGAUACCUUAAGCCUUA